UAUCCACUUUGCUCCAUGGCAGUGAAGUUGUUGAAACCCCUGAUAACAGCUCCAGUACUCCCUCCACUCUCCUUCUCCAAGAAAGCACCUUCAGUUCGAGCAUUUGCAGCCAAGAUGGCUUCAUCAGAAGCUAAAGCCAGAGUCAUAGAUUCGCAUCUUCACGUUUGGGCUUCUCCUCAAGAGGCUGUAGAGAAGUACCCAUACUUUCCCGGACAGGAACCUACUUUGCCUGGACAUUUGGAUUUCUUGCUAGAGAGCAUGGAAGAGGCAGGUGUAGAUGGUGCACUCAUUGUUCAACCCAUUAAUCAUAAAUUUGAUCAUUCUUUAGUUACAAGUGUUCUAAAGAAGUACCCAACCAAGUUCGUUGGUUGCUGCCUUGCAAACCCAACAGAAGAUGGAAGUGGGGUCAAGGAGCUUGAACUGCUUGUUUUGAAGGAUGGUUAUCGUGCUGUCCGCUUUAAUCCUUAUUUGUGGCCUUCUGGUCAAAAGAUGACCAGUAAUAUUGGGAAGGCAUUGUUUUCCAAAGCUGGGGAACUCGGAGUUCCGGUGGGUUUUAUGUGUACAAAGGGUCUCAACAUACAUAUUUCAGAAAUUGAGGAGCUGUGCACUGAAUUUCCUUCAACAGUGGUAUUGCUUGAUCAUUUGGGUUUUUGCAAACCACCAACAAAUGAUGAGGAGAAUCUUGCCUUUUCUGAGCUUUUAAAGCUAUCAAGGUUCCCUCAGGUCCAUGUCAAAUUUAGUGCCCUGUUCAGAGUAUCAAGAACACAAUUCCCGUAUCAGGACUUGUUCCCCCUUCUCUCCCAAGUUGUCUCGAGCUUUGGUGCGAAGCGUGUCAUGUGGGGCAGUGAUUUCCCAUAUGUUGUUCCUGAAUGCGGUUAUAAGGGAGCGAAAGAGGCAGUGUCUCUUAUAGCCAACCAAGUACCUCUAUCAUCUUCUGAGUUGGAGUGGAUCAUGGGUAGAACAGUCAUGCAGCUCUUUGAAGGUCAAUGGCUUCCUUAAGCAAAUAUCACCAAUAUCAACCCCCAUAUCGACUUAUUGCAGUGUUAAAUUUGUUACUUCCCUUUGUUUCCCUGUAAGACCAUAUACACUAGUGUUGUGGUAUAAAGGUCCAGAACAUUGUGUUUCACGGAUAUGUAGGCAAGUUUUAAGUAAAAACUGCUGUAAGGUUGAGGCAGAAUAUUUUCUUGGUUCUUUUUGUGGAAACAAGUGUGUUGUUGUGGA